AAAAAACGGAGGUGCAAUAAAAUAAAGAACUGCGAGGGAGAAAACAGAAUCGCAUCUCUCCCUCCCCCUCUCAUCGUACGCUUUCUUUCUCUCUCCACCUUCUUUGCUUCAACUUAGCACGGAAGAGAGAGAACUAGGAAGUAAGAUGUAUGUCCAAUCUAUCUGUUCGACCACAUGUUAGCAAUUUGUGAAGCUCUCUUUUCGUUUGUGCACGGGCGGGUUUGAGUUUGCUCCCAUAAUUUUUGAUUUUUUUGUUGGUGGUGCCGUUGUUGUUGAAGAUGAUGGUUGCAAACAGCUUCGAUCUGUGGCAAAAGGACGCCUUCUUUUCUGCCGCCGAGGAGGUUCAAGGAUCUGCUGAUGUAAUGGAAUCAGCAUACAGGACAUGGGUAAGAGAGAGGCGAGAAACGCUAUCACCAGAGCAUUCGGAUGAACUCUGUACAGAGUUGCAAACUGCUUUAGGUACUUCCAAAUGGCAGUUGGAAGAAUUCGAGAGGGCUGUCAGGUUGAGCUAUGGGCGUCGUGGUGAUGACAAUACAACAGCUAGGCAUAGACAGUUUAUUGCUGCCAUCCAAGACCAAAUAUCACAUGUUGAAGCAUCAUUAAAGGAAUAUUUUUAUGAGGAAGGAAAGAAAUCCCUUCAAUGGGUGAAUCUAGAUGAAAAUGAACGUGAUGAGUUAGCCACAUUUCUCUCCGGCACCUCCCAAAGCUCGCAAAGCGCAAUUGAUGAAUGUCUACAGCACAAACCUUCAAGGGAAAGCUCUCUUUUGGAGAACCAUGCUCAGAGAAAACAUGCAGACCUUAAUUUGAAUGCUUCCUGUAACAGAGGUUUUUCUGAUGAAAGGAAAGGUUCUAGAGAUGUUAGAAGUAUUAGUAAGAAUGGAAAUCAUGUCAUAAAGAUAGAAGCAAAUCAAAUUCAUGGAAGGACAGAUGAUAUCAUUUUUCAAGCAGAUAGAACAACUAAUAAUGCAAGGAGGACGUGGAGUUUGCCAGAUUUUGGUGAAUUGAAGAUCAUAAUUCCUGAUGAAGAAGAACCGAUGAACAAACUAAUGCCGAGUGUUGAGGACACACCUAAAGUAAAAGGCUCCAAAUCUUUCUUUUGGAAGCAAAGCUGUGGGAAGUUACCGCCGGGGCAGGGUCCAGUUCAUUUUUUCAGUCAGCUCUUUGGUUGGAUUGGUGGGCUCCAGAGACAAUUGCAAAGUCCACUAUACUUAUCGCUCCGUUGUUCUGUUCAAGUUACACUUGUUUUGAUGCUGACUGUUUUUUUUAUUGUACCUUUUGUAUUUUAUUCAGCUUGAUUCAAGUGGGAUUUUUAUGACACGCCAUCAAGACAAUAGGCAUUGAAGCUGUUAAUAAAGCAAGGGAAGUUUGAAAGGCCGGUGCUUGCGACUCUAAAUUCUAGAACAUCAUCACAACAUGCAUGUCAUAAUGGAGUGAGCAAAACCACCGCGUUGAAGUGCAAGAAGCAAAACAGGCAACAGGAAUUGGGCACCUCUUUAUAUUUAUAGACAACUCAAAAUGUAAAUACACUUAUGUUGUCUUCAAAUGGAAGCUACCAAGAAUAUAUCAGCAUAGACAAUCGAUUCGGAAUAAGCUCUCGACUUUAAACAUGGUCAAGAACUCAUGCUUAUACGUAGUUGCAUUGAAUGUUUUCUCA